GUGUGUUUUCUGUGAGUGUUUGUGCGAGCGCGUGUGAGCUGGACCACCUUAAAUCGUUGCUCGCCGUACCACGUGACCGUAUUCCUGGAAAGUUCCUGGAAACGCUUCUUUUGUGUUCAUGGUGAUCUCGGUUAUUAGGCAGCUCGGCGGACACGCUAUGCCCGAGCUCAGUGCCUCGCGGACGGACACGAUGUUCGGAUUCACUCGGUGAUAUCCUGACUGUACUAUAAACGGGAAUAUUUAUGUAUUUUAGGAUUUUAUCGCCAUAUUCUUCCGUAUGCCGCGCUUAACUUGCCAAUAUAACGGCUUUGACGUUGUCUUGUCGUCGGCUGUUUUUUCAAAUUUGAGCCGUUGACGUAAGAAGAACCAAACAUAUACAAAACACUAACGGACACGUUAUUUGGAUUUUAACCGCCAUAAUUCAGCCAACAUGUCGGACUCAUGAACACGGAGGAACAUCGCUGCCCCAGAGCCAAAGUAGGAGCGAGUAGACCAGUGCACACCAGGUCGACCCCCCCUCCCCCUAUCCCCUGCUCCCCUCCUCCCUGUGCUGCAGACCUCCUCUCAUGUCUGAGCCUAACACUAGGCUGAAGGUUGGACCUGUCCAAUGACCUGCCAGUCCUCCGAGUCCACAGAGAGCAUCGAGAACGAGCGACGAGCCGACAACAACUCCAGGGCUGUGGAAUCAGACGAGAGCCGCAUCGCCUUAGCCAUGAAGGACCUGAGGAACACGGGUUGGUACUGGGGCAGUCUGACAGCUAAUGAGGCUAAAGAGAUCCUCCAAGACUCGUCUGAGGGGACCUUCCUGGUGCGGGACAGCUCUCAGAGGGAUUACCUGUUCACCAUCUCGGCCAUGACGUCGGCGGGUCCCACCAACCUACGGAUCGAGUACAAACAUGGGAAGUUUAAGCUGGACUCAGUGGUGCUGGUGAAGCCCAAGCUGAAGCAGUUCGACAGCGUGGUACACCUGGUGGAGCACUAUGUCCACCUGUCCCGCUCCACUGACAGAUCAGGGGCCAAUUCUACGGCUUCCACGGCGCCAAACGGUACCGUGCAGCUGCUGCUCACUAAGCCCGUGUACACGGCCAUGCCCGCUCUGCAGCACCUGUGCCGCAUCGCCAUCAACAGGAGGACUCGGAGGGUGCAGGAGCUGCCGCUGCCCAACAGACUCAAGGACUACCUGACAGACUACAGCUACCACGUGUAGACAGGGAGCAGGACUCACUGUGAAACAUCCCAGCAUGCGCUGCUCCCAAAUGUCUGAGCAGUUGCAGGAAUAAAGCAGAUCCUGGAUAGCAGGGAGGACUCGUCUGUGCUGGUCUGAGGUUUUCUGACAGACGAUAAACUGAUGUUUGCUCCAACACACUGCCCUCACACAUCGGAUUAAAGCAGAGACGCUGGUCUGAUGUUGAGAUGAAACUUAAAGCUUUAAAAAUCAGACAGAACAUGCUGGAAGUCCAGGUUUAGACCGAGGCUGCACAAUAGUAGAAGUAUAAAUAGAAUAGAAUAGUUCAAGUCCAUGUAAGGCUGGCAACUCACUGAAUAUCUUCAAAUCUUAUCUGGUUUAAAAAGCACUGGAGACCAUAGACAAAAGGACGAUUCCAAACUAUUUCUAACAUUAUGAUCUUCCAAAAGACCAGGGGUUAUCAACUACAUUUAUACAAGGGCCAGUUUUUUAUUUGGCAGACACUGGGGUAUGAGCGCUUAAAUAGACUAAAUAUUUAUUUUUUAAAAAUUUGGUAUAAUUCACAUAUUUUUGUUCAAAGAUACUUUCAUUCAAUUUUACAUAAUUUUUAGCCUUUAACAGUGAGAUCGGUCGCCAUUCCGCAGCCAGCCACAAGAGGGCGGUUGAGGUAUUUUAGCCAAAUGUUUCUGAAGCUGUCAUGUUGUCCAUCACUGAGUUUGAUGCUAAUAUGCUAUAUAGUGAUUAAUUAAAAAACCCAAGUGGGAAACCUGCACUCCCAAAACUCCUAAAGUCAAAAUUUGACACAGAAAUGGCAGUUUUAAUCAAGAAUUGCUAGUAUCAGCUGACAGGUGGAUUUGGAUAUAAAGUUAUUCCUGUAAUUCCACCUUUAAUAGCUACUCUAGCUACACAAUUAAUGUUACUCCAUAAGUCACUGUGGCUAAUUGCCUAUAGCAUUGUGAGCUGUAGCAAAUGAGCUUGUGAGCUUACCUUUAGCGAUAUUAGUUAUGUGUCUCUGUUAACCAGAUAUCUUAUGCAGCUAAUGGAUCAACAUAAGUUGCAUUAGCUGUGUUAGAAUGUUCUUUUUUCCUGUAAACAGACUGUUAACUCAGCUUUAGCAAAUGUUUUGUAAUCAGGUUUUGCAGGUCAGGUUUAUAACUUUUAACUUUUGGUAUCCUUCCAUUACCUUAACCUCAAACCAAUCCAAUUUUAUUUUGAAAGUUUUAGCAUGCAGUUUUGAUUCUGAAAUAGACGGCGUCUCAGGUGAACCGUCUGUGAGAGAGGCCGUCAGAGAUAAACCCGUCUACAGCCAGAACCCUCUCGAUUUCUUUGUUAUAUUUCUUUUUAUUAAAGCAUGCAGCACCGUUUAAAACAGACAGUAUGGUCACUACUGAGAGAAGCAGAAGCUAACUGUUGUCAUAUGUAACAUUGAGCUCUGGUGUGAGGCACACUGAGUGCAAAAAAGCAUUGUCUAUGGACACAAACCCCUUACCCUGAGUUUCCACAGUCUAUCUGUGCAAUAUUCUGUCCCGCCUGCACACUUUGGAGCAGAUUGUGCCCUUUCUAGUCAAUCUUUGGGCUUCCACAGCACGCCAGAACUGCCACUCUGCUAGAGAUACACAACAAGUCUAUUUUCAGUGGAGUUACAGCAUGCCACAAUCUGCACACUGCAGAAUCUUCCAAAUGGGAUGAAAUAAACGAGAAUGCACAAAGUAUCUAAUCAAUUUCAAAGCAAAACACCAUGUAUAGACAGCAGAUCCUUUAUCCCAUCACUGUAUCAAUAUUAUGUCAAGACAGGACGCAAAUUAAAUACAAAUCAGCACCGUCCAGACGAAGAAACAUCCUGUUUCCUUAUUCCAGAGUUCACCUGUGAGCCAGCUGCAGACUAGAAUCCCUGAUGUUAGAAAACAUUCAGAGAUUGGAUCAGCGUCAUAAUUAACAGCAUAAUCUUAGAUCUCUGAAGUCUGACAGACCCGAGUCUAACACCUGGACUUCCAGCGUCUCUGAUUCCCGAUUUAGCAAUAGAUUUUCUGGACUCUUCAACAUUUACAGCGCCAAAACUUUCACUCUCUUCAUAAAAUAUUUGAAACUCUUCAUCAUAAAAAGUCAGUCCAAAGCAGUGGAUAUCAGAUGGAUCAGAUAGCGUAUGACGGUGAUAUACCAGACAUCCAGGAGGGUAAUGAUUGCAGGUUUAUUACUUUGAAUAAUUUAUUAUCAAAGAGACGUUUGCGUUGAUGUUUCUGUCAAAGUCACAGGAAAUAUCUGAUUAAUAUUUCUGCUUUUAAUGACUCUUUUGUAAAAUUUGACUGUUUUUUAAAUGCUGUUCUGUUGAUCCUUGAAGCCUUUUCUUAUGCAGCUGAAACAAACUAUUUACAUGACAGGAUAUCAAACAAUAUUUGGUUAAAUCACCUUUUUUCAUGUUACCAUGACAGCCAAAUGACACGGGGAAAUUUAUUUCUCAUUUUGAACUGAUAAAGCAGAAGUUUCCAAAUGAUAUUUUCAAAAAUCGGUGUAAAAAAUGAGUGUGAAAGUGGCUUUUGUAAGAGCAUUAUUAUCAGUUUGUUAUUGUUUCUAUGAGUGAUUUAUUCCUCUUUUAUUUGGCUAAAGAAAUGUCCGUGUUUGGUAACAGAGAGCCAACAAUUCCCCCACUUUUAAAGGUAUUUUAUGGCUUUUAUUUAGCUGAAACACAAAGAUUUUCUUGGAGUCAAAGUUGUUUCUUUUUGGUGGCAGAAACUUGAUUAUUUUCAUACUUAAAUCCCUUUUUUGUGCCUAAAACAAAGGAAAAGAAAUGUCUUAACAGUUAAUUUUGUCACAGAAACGUCUUGAUAUUUAUUUAUUUAUUAUUUAUUUAAUUUGUCCAACCAAAAGUCCAAAAAACUUCUUUCAUUGAUUUUCAUUUUAGACAAAUAAAUGCAGCAAA